AAAAACGAACCAAAAGGCAGCGCUAGCGCUUCUGAAAGUAAAAACAGCGGCACCGCUGUAGCCGACUUAGUUGAUUUAGAGUUAGAACUGAACAGUUUGCAGCAGGGAUUGAACCAGAUGGAGCGAAUUACGCCCUCAGAUCCAUUCGGAUCAAAGGACGACCCAUUUGGAGACAGCUUUAUAAGCUAUCCGGUUAACAAGCUUAUUCUGCCUCCACCGCCCUUUGGUUGCGGCGGAACCACUCAAAGACGAAAAGCACGAAGCUGCUAAACAGGAAAUUAUGUCCCAGUUUGAUGUCUUCACUGAGUUGGAUCCGCUUGAACUGAAAAAUCCGCCGAAAAAGCCGCUCAAAGAGUUGGCCUCGACGAAUAGCAGCGCAGCUCAAGAUCUGUUUAAUAUCAAUUUUAAUCAGCCUAGCGCACCGACAAAGCCGCCAAUCUACUCAAACACCGCUAUGUUUGCAUCGGAUCCUUUCGGAGAGGAUCCGUUCGUGCGGGAGGACCCUUUUGCCGAUUCGGACUUCUCCAAACAGGACCCAUUUGAAACCGAAUUUGCCACGCAACAAGCGAGCAAAGAGUUGCAGGUGCUGAUACAGAACAACCUAUCGAAGCCUGCAAUGUUGAGGUCCAGCCCUAAAACUGUGCAGUUUAGCAACACGAAUAAUUUCGGGAGUUUCGCGUCAGAUACAGCAAUCGCUUUGCAGGCUCAGAGUGUUGAGAUUUCUUCAGAGUCAGAGAGCAUUCCGGAGCCGCCGCCUCCACGGCCUCACUCCACUUUAGGUGAAAUCCAACCGCCCCCGUUGCCUCCGAAGAAGCAAAGCGAUAUCGUCCUGAAGCCUCCGCCUCGGCCGCCGCACUCCGAAGACUACAUCGAAGCCUUCGAGAAAGAUCUUCCGGACGAAAAGAAUUCCAGUCCACCGCUUCCAGUGCCGCAGCGGAAGUCCAAGUUUGAGUCCGACUUCACGUUGCCUCCAGAGCGUCCCAGGAAGGCCAACCAGCAGUCCAGCGAUGAAGACUAUUUGACUCCGGUGUCGUUCCCUGACCGAUCAAACAGUCCGGGUAUCCUGCUGCCGCCCCCUCAAAGGCAUGAGAAGGACGAGCCGGACGGCUCCAAGACUUUUGCAACUAGUAAUGAGGGUUUGAGCAACUCACUGGACGGCCUGGACAUGACUCUGAGUCAGUUGACUUUGAGCGGCCUCAAUGAGCUGGCGGCCAAGCUGAAGAUUCCUCCGCACAAGCUUAGCAACAUGACGCUGGUUCAGCUGACCAAUUACUUGUCGACUUUCAUUAAGGCGCAAUCGACUCUGCAGGCAAAUGAGACCAGUGAAACGCCGACGUUCCAGGCGGAUUUUGCGGCCAACUUCAACAACACCAGCAAGAGCUCGAAGUCGGAGCCCUCCUAUGAUAGGUAUGCGGUGUUUAGAGAGCUGCAAGAGGAGAUUAAGCAGACCAGGGUUGAUGCUGAGCCGGAGGAGCUCCGGGCAGGAAAAGAGGUGCCGGAGGCACCAAACGACGCCCCGGUUGAUGACGACAAGUACGCCGCUCUAAGGGAGAUAGUGGAGGUGGAAAUUAAGCAGGCCGAUGGUGAGAAAGGCGAGGCCAGCAGGAGUGAAGCAGCGAAGCUGGACGAAGAGCAAACUUUGGCCCAACUGGUCGAAGACAUUAACGUGGCGAACAAGGAGCGCUCCGUACAAGAACCGCCCAAGCAGACCAUUAUGGAGUACAUGAAUGACCGGACGGGAGCCACUCCAGACAAAUCGCCUGCUCGAUCUCCAGUUAUGAAGAGUCCAGUGCCCAGCGCCAUCACGGAAAUAAUCCAGGCAAAUGCCCGGUUGACUUCCGGCUCUCUAUCCGAUGUGCUCAGUGGCAGUUCCCCGGAAGUGGACAAUACGGGAAGCAACUCGGAUAUAGCGAAGAAAAACCUGGAUCCUGCAGGAGAAUCGUGGGCGAUUUUCGACCAACCGAGCGUUCCGUCCGAGAGCAAAGAAAUCCAGGGGGCGGCGCAAAGCGAGGAGGGCGUCAGCCCCUGGUCCAGCGACUCGAAAGAGUUCGGCAACCGAUCGCCGACCGAGUGGAAAAAAGAGCCGAAAUCAGUCGAACGAAGGAAGAAAAACCGCGACCAAGAGGGCUGGUGGGACACCUCUGCUGACCCUGAAGCUCCAUACUACCCGUCAAACCGCCGCUCCACCGACUCAUAUGAGGAGGAAUACUACGACACGCAUGAGCGCCCGCGCAGACGAAGACAAACCGGCUGGCAACACGGCAGUCAGCAAACCACGGGCGGUCAUUCGUCCAGCUCGCGUGACGUCAGCCCUUGGGAGGAGGAGCCUCGAAGGCGGGAGGGCCGGCCCGGGUGGGGGCGCCAUCCUAGAGGCCACUCCUUCGAUAGACAUCGCGAUGUCAAGCAUGUGGAUAGUUGGGAUGAGGACGACGACUAUGAGUACGACGAAGAACAUAGAGGCAGAAGCCACUAUUUCCAAAGACAUGGCUCGAAAGACUCUGAACGACAUAGUAGUGCUGGUAGCAGAGACUUGGAGGGGGACAGGUGGGAGGAUUAUGGUGGAGAGUAUGGCUUAGAGCGGCGCCAUCGGCGGAGGAGAGAAGGUGGAGCGAAGGAGGGCAAAGAGCGAUGGUGUUGCCCGGAUUGGGAAGAAGGCGAGCAUGACAAAACGGGCCGUUACCUGCAAAGGCGGGCCAACGUACCGGAAAGACGUGAACGGUACGAUGAACGAUACAGAAGCAGCAGGGAAUCGCAGGACUCGCCUUGGGAAGACGAGUACUCGAACGAUCCAGAGGACACGCACUCUCACUACCUGGCAGCCAAGAAAAGUUGGAAGCAACGCCCCAGCAGUGCAUCCGAAAUGGACAGAAAGACUGGCGAGAUCAAGCCGCGCCAUUAUCUAGGCACUGGGGGAAGUGAUGGAGAGCGCGACCGACGUUACAAAGGCAGCCGCAGGUCGCGCAGCAGAGAUUCGCAAUUCAGCGAACCCUCCCAUCGACAUAAGCCGGACAGUGCAGUCCUGCGAAGCCAACACCGCUCCAAGCCCCAUAAAACAGUGGAGGGCGAAUACGCCGACGUUAAUUUGAAGAAACUGCCCCCCGAUGGUGAAAUCGGCAAUAAAAAACUGCCCACCGGUAGGAAACGACCUGGCAAAGAGCCUGCUGGUGUUAAAGAUGAGCCUCCAGCCAACACGUUUCCUAGAAAAGUGGCCACUAGGACGAAGUCACUUUUCGACAACGAUUUCAUCCCAUCGGACGAAAGUCCGAUCAUCAAGGAUAAGGGCAGCAAGUUCAAUUUUGACAAUAACUUUGAUAAGCCCGAUGCAGACGCUCCGGCUAUGAACAGAUCCAUGAAGGGGCUGAGACAACAAAGUCUCGGCAUCUUCGAUAAAAGCCAACUGCGCCUAGAGAAGUCAUUCAAAAGUGAAGCGUUUCAAGAGUCGAAACUGUCGCCCCGCUACCACCCGAAGCCACGGAGUCCAUUCGAGGACGAUUUUUCGCCCAGUGAAAAGCCGGACUCCGUGCCAGAAGGAAACGGCAUUUCCAGCAUCAAAGAGGAGACCGAUGUGCCCGAAGAGGACGAGGACUCGUUCGGUCCGCCGAGCGUAAAAAUGAUUUCGAGCAGCCGCAAGAAAAUGUUGAACAAAAGUCGAUUAUCGGCCCGCAGAAACGAUGUCAAUAUGAAGAAAUCUGGAUCUGUAAAUAUAUUCACUAGGGAAAACGAUCCAUUUGAUGAUGAUUUCUUUAGCGGCGUCAAUGCUGAAGAGGGAGCUUCGAUACAGAGGAGCACAGAACUGCGAUGGACUGAGGAAUUUGAUGAUUCUGAUAGUGGUAGGAAAUAAUAACUAUUAUUAGGAAACUAUUAAAUUAAAGGCCGCCCUGUUUAUUGGUCGAAGGCCUAAGGCUUUUAGUCAGUCACAUAUGGCCAAACAGUACCUAAAAGCAAUUGUUUUACCAUGUUUUCCUCCACGUUUCUGAGACCAAUUAACAGGCAUCUGUACAUAUUUUCGGGCAAUUUGGGAAACUCUUUAACUUGUAAACUAUUGCAAGUAUCCAGUCCAUUGUUAACUUGGUGGUUCAGUUCACCUCCAAGUUUCUUUUCAGUCUAAUUUUCUAUGUUUUAUUCGGGCCUAGACUUAGAAGCUCUUUUAUGCAUAAGUGUACUUAAUUUUAUCGAAAAGUUUCCAAAGUGAUAGACUUUCGAGGCCAUUC